CUCUCCUGCGGAGUUGCGCGACCGCAUCACCUGGCUGCAAGAAGGAAACACGCUCGCUCCGUCCCCAGCUGUGCAAGUGAUCUGAUAAGGGCGUUGUUGCUCAAAUCCCAGAGUUCAGCACUAUACAGGUGACUCUAGUUUCAAAGCCUCUCAUAUAUCAUUAUUUUUCAUAAAUUGGAUGUGAAUACUGCCUCAUCAGACUGACCCUAAAAGAUCAUAGUCUCUGUCUGUCUUACACACUGCACAGGAGAUGGCACCGCUGUUUGUUAGUGGAUCAAGUUGAUGCAGGUUGCAGAGAUAGCCUCCUGGCUGAUGGCUGGACAGAGGUGCUCAUCACUCAGCUCUUCCAGAAAGAAAAGCUAAAGAUGCAUAAUUGUGUUCCGAGAGGUUACUCACAUGUGUUGGUAUAGUAAAACAACACACAAGGAGCCAACAAUAAUGCAGUUGAAGGACGUAAAAUGAGAACCGUAAGUUCAAGUCAAGAAGAGAGAAAGAAAAUAAAGCGAAGCUGUUUCUUGUCCUGUGUAUUCAUCAGAUCGUCUUGAAAUUUAACUAAAAUGACAGCUGUUCCUUCAGAGAACUGCUCUUUUCAGCACCUGUUACAUGAGUCAAAGCAGCCCCUAGACGUUAAUUGUCUGUUGUUCUUGAUCAUAACUGGGAAAACAUUAUUAAAUAUCCUGAUACUAGGGAUGAAAAGGAAAGCCACCUAUUGGAGUUUUAUCGAGUAUUUCUGCUUUUCACUAGCAUUUGUUGAUCUUCUGCUGUUGGUAAACAUUUCCAUUCUGUCCUACUUCAGGGACUUUGUAGUUCUAGGUGUUAGGUUUACAAAAUACCACAUCUGUCUACUCAUACAAAUCACCUCCUCCACUUAUGGCUUUUUGCAUUAUCCGGUUUGCUUACUAGCUUGUAUAGAUUACUCUUUGACUCUGUCUGGAGCCACCAAGCAUUCAUCUAAGUGGCAAAGGUUAUUUUACCCCUUGACAGUCCUGCUAACCUGGAUUUCAGUCCUUGCUUAUGUUCUAGGAGAGCCAGCCAUCUCUCAACGCUUGCAGACACACAGGGCUGCUCUGCACCAAUGCCCUUCCUAUGUUAGCACUCAGAGUUACUGGCUGUCAUUGUCUGUGCUGAUGGUUUUAUUUGUGGCUUUUCUGAUUUCAUGGCCAGAAGUUGUUGCCUUGGUACAGGCUAUGAGGAUGGCGUCCUAUAUGAACGAGACUGUCCUCUCCUUCCCUUUCACAUCCCACUCUGGUCACACUGUGCGCUCUAGAGAAGCACUCUUGCCCAGGCUUGUUGUGUGCUUUCUUGGUACCUGGUUUCCCUUUGUAGCACUUCAGGCCCUCACGCUCUCACUCAGAGUUCCAAUCCCAGCGUACGUAGACAUGAAUGUCCCCUGGCUGUACUUUGUCAACAGUUUUCUCAUUGCUGCGGUGUGUUGGUUGAACUGCCACAAGCUUUAUUUAAGAGGCAGCACAUUACCUGUGGAUCCUUUCGUCAACUGGAAAUGCUGUUUUGUUCCAGUCCAUAGACUUAAGCAAGUGGAGAGGUCUGUGUCCAUAAUCAUCUGUUAAUGUGCUGCUGUGUUGGGAGAACUCCAUCCAGAAGCACCAAGAUCAAUCUUAGGAGCAGGACAGAGGUGGCUCAGGACACGGCUCAGAACACGUAACUGAAGCUCGUGUCCCCAACUUUCAUCAGCACAGCCUCUGUGUGGUGGAUAUCAGAUAGUGCUAAGGACACUUGAACACCCCAAAGUUUUUAUCCUGUUUAGCAACAUUGUGUAAGCAUUUGGUAUUAAUCCAAAAGGAAAAUAAACAUGAACAUGUGGCCAGCUUGAUGUUUUACUCCAAAAAACUACUGGAUGCAAAAUGUUAAAUAAAUUUGAGGUUUCACUGCCAACUUUAAAAUCUGAACUUAAAUGUUAUCAACUUUAGAGCAAAAAAAAAAAGACAAAAUGAUUUGGUAUAAAUAAACUUUAAGGGGAAGGUUAGUUCAUUUUAAAUAUAGCUAAAAUAUUUUAUUGCAGAUAUUCCCGGAAAGUUCCAGCUGUUCAGCUUAUGGAGCUGGGAACCAUGGGGGCUCUUGCCAUGACACACCAAUUGCAUGUUCAUUUAGAACAUGUGCACAUCAGAUCAUAGUCAUGUUAGCAGCAUAUGCUACAAAAAGCAUUGGGCUAUUGAGAUUUAAGGCUAUAUAAUUCUGUCUUGUAGGGGUAACCCCACACAUUGUAUAGAUGCCAGUGACACGUUCCCCAGAAGUGGCAAUCAAAAAUGUCUCCACAUACUCCCACCCCACUCCCACCCCCAGGCACAACUCCCCACCCCCACUCCCCUGGAGUGAAGCAAUGUGGGUCAGAAUAAGCUGAAAUCACUUCAUGAAUUAAGUACAUAGAUAUUUUGGCUGAUAUUUACAAAUACUAAUAUGUUUCAAGAACCACCCCUAGAAUUUCUAAAGUGAGUGGCUUUUAGAGAAGCCACGACUCACUUGGUAGAGCGCUUAGCAGCACACAAAGCCCCAGCACCACAAAAGAGUGUAGUACUGUGUGCCUACAAUCCUGUACCUGGGGCGGUGUAUGCAGGAAGACCAGAAAUUCAAGGUCAGCCUGGGCCACAUGAGAUCAUCCAGUCUCCCUCCCCCCAAGAUGUUUUAAAAAGUAGUUGUGACCUAUGGAGUGAAGUUCAUGAUCCACAAAUGGGUUGCGUCCUGAAACAAGUGCCUUGGAGCAGCAGUAACCACACAGGUUUGUGUGCCUGGCGCUGUGUAAGUACCAAUCACGCUGCCAGCACUGCCGCAUCCUCUCUACAUGCUCUCGCAGGGAAGGACACUAAAGCAGCAGCGUUAAGCCUGCCCAAGCUCACUCGGCUAGCGUCCCACUAAUGAAUGUCCGCCAUUCAUUAGUCCCACUCACUGUUUCUCAAGAGAAUGGCUUGUGAUAGUUUUUACUUAAAACGUAGUUUCUGUGACAGCUUAAGGAACUGAGGUCCCGUUUCCUUGAGCAUCCAGGUCUUCAGGUUAGGACCAGCCACCUAGAGACAAGUUGGCCAUGCUGCUAGGUGAUUAGGAGUUCUGAAUGAGCUGCGCACAGGGCAAGCAUUCCUGGUCUAAAACGCUUUUGGAUAAGGGAUAUUCAAUAAUGUCUGAAAAACUUAAGGUAUCCAACAUUCCAGAUGACACCUUGUGAUGCAAACCUAACCAACCUGAGCCAUUCUAAGAAAAAGGGCACUGGAGCAAUGAAGUGGUCAAACCAGAAGACUGUCUCUGGGAUGUCAAGUUUCAUUUGCUAAUGCAGAGGACCUCUGGCUGCCAAUAACCUAGGCUUUUAUUAUCCCAAUUUAGAGCUCCUGCUUUCAGAUAUAAAACUCAGUGAGGGAUUGGCCUGAUUUAAGUCACAUGCUCAUCUGUGGUCAGUGUUGCUGCAAGGAGACACUGGGAGGAAGGGAACUUAAACAUUAGGCUGCAGUAUUUAAAAUGUUCAAAACUUAGGCAUUAACAGGUAAGAAAAGGUAUAAAUUCUUAAAAUGCAAAUAGAUACAAUGACAUCCAAAGCCACCAUGCCUGAUUUGUGUGUUGCUGGGGAUUGAACCCAGGGCUUCAGGUAAGCUAGGCAAGCACUGGGCCAAAAGCAAAGCUCAGUAUACCUGAGCCUAUGAGCAACAGCGUGUACUUGAGUUCAGAUGUUAGAAGCUGGCCUUUUUAAUUCACUGGUACAUGUUUUCCUCUCCCUGUUUGUUUGUGGGUUUGUUUUUCUUUUUUCUUUUUCUUUUGUCUUCCAAUUAGCCAUAACAUGAGAAUAAAACAUACUUAGCAAUAUUGAACUUAAUGUAUACUUCUUGUAGAUUAUAUACUAGGAAAUUUAUAACCAGUUCAGCCCUCCAUUAAGGCUUUACUUAGAUUUCCCCAUCUCUCAAAAGCUUAAAAAAGUAAAAACUCAAUAACCAGUCAGGUUUUUAUUUGUAAAGAACUGAAGUUACAACUGGUCUACAAUAUAUUAUCGUAAUAUAAACAACAUAAAUAAAAGAUCCUGUAGGCCCACUACUAAUCUUCCACCCAGACCCACUCAAAGCCAUGUCACAAUACUCUAUGUGGAAGUGCAGGGAACAAAGGUGCAAUCCAAGCAAGUUUAAGCAGCAGAGUAUAAGGUGCUUCCAUUAGCAGUUAACAUUGCCAGCAAACAUCUGAUGCUCCAUUUUAGUCACCGAAUAGACACACAAACAGGAAGUCUAAAGUUCAUACACAUGCGACUUAAUAUGAAAGUGCUUUCUCUUUUCUUAAAAAAAUACAUCAAAUGAACACUUUUUACAUAGAUAAUGGUGUGCUCUUAUAAUGCAAAAUUCACUUCAUUUUCAGGUUAUACACUGUAAAACUGUAGCUAGGAACACCAGUCGAGGAAGUCUAUGCUAAGGUGCUCGAACUAUGUCAUUUCCUGUGAGGACUCUAAUACAACAUUCAUGUAAGACACAUUUCUAUAACCUUAAUAUUUGCUUUCUCUAAGAUUAAAACACAUUCUCUUGCCCCCUUGGUGGUGCUUUUUUCCUUGAUGAAUCUUUUGAGAUUUUUUUUAAUUAUGAAACUUAGAUUUUAGAACAAUGGGAGAACCAAAAGGAAGUUGUCUUUUUUUAUGUGCUUAAAACAUUAAAAAAUAGUUAAUCACAGAAACUUGCCCUGUGAAACAAAUUUUAAGCAGUAAAGAGACAAAACAUCCUCACUGAAUCACGAGGCUUCAACUACCUUUGCCUACUGUCAGCAACUACCCCUGUGCACAGCCGUCUGCAACAUUCAACCUUCAUUUCCAGCACAAUCCUGCACUUUCCAAGAAUUUCUGCAGUUUGGAAAAAGAAAACCAAGACGACCCAUCUUUUGAGUGAGGUGAUCAGCAGUCCAUCAAUGUGAGAAAUCACACACACAAAAUUAUAAUCUUUAUAUUCUCGGCUGAAUUCUGAAGUUCCAAGAAUACAGCUACAAAAACAGCAUUAAUGCAACAGAGAUCAACAGCACGGGCUACUUUACAACUUAGGUAUACGCUAAAGAACUUAAAACACUUUAAAAGUAACCAGCAUCAUAGAACAAUUUACAAAGGCCGGAUUAUUGGGCUAUUUAGAUUAGUAUACUUUAAAAAAAUCUGUUUGAAAGCAUCUAUCAUAUAUAUAUAUAUAAUCUAACACUUUAUUUGGACAUUUUCCCACUUAAAAAGCUACAGCUAUGAUACAUAAAAGUUUUUAAAAUAUAUUUUUAUACCUUUAUAAAGAAUGUUAGUAUCAACUGAUGUUAAUAUUUGAAGCAAAAACUACCACCUGAUUCACAGAGUCCCAGAGGGAAGAGGGAAUUGACCCAAUUGCAGCUGAUUCUCACUCCAUCUUGACUACUCAAAUCCUUGCUGGCACAGCAGGGUCUGCUUUGUUACCAGCUCUGCAUUUCAUGAGGCCAUAACGCACCCUCUUCUGACUGGCACACAAUACAAUCAAUACUAGAAACAGCAGCAGCAGCAGCCUGUUCUCCUGGUCUUCUUUCAGAUGUUUCUGUUUUGGAAAACUGCUACACUGUCAAUACUGGAUAUAAAUCUUGGUGACUGGUCCUGAGGCUGCCUGUCACAACUCUCACAGUUGGUCACGGUGAGCACUCUUAUGUUGUCAACGGUAUGUGAAAGGUGGUAUGAGAGCGGUGAUGUGAUUUGGACCCUUCAGGUAUUAUUAAACCCUAGUUCCCAGGCAACAGGGCAUUAACUGGGAGUAAGUACAUAUGUGCUUCAGCAGCAGUGAGGUUGUUUGGGAAGACUUGAUUUGUUUUUUUUUAUUUAAUAUAACCCAAGUGUUAAAUAGUUUACAAAUGGAUGAAUAAGUGCAUGAGUAAUAGUAUUCACCUGUCAUUCAGUCAGGGCAGGGGUAAAUAA